UGUCUAUGGGUCAUAUCUGUGUCUGAGUACACUCCAUUUAACGGUCUACGUGAGGAAAGCAAGCAACUUGAAAACAUAAAUAGUCAAGCUCUUCUGAGCUGUCCUCAGUACUUGCAACACAUAGCUGCUAACUAGCAGCUGAAGAGUUGUUGACAUAAACAGGUAGCCGGUGGAAAGUUAACUAGUUAAACAACAGCUGUUACAGGCCAACAUCAACAAGCCAGUAUGGAAUCUUGGGUUCGGUUUAACGCCCAGAGCCAAGCCAAGGAGAGAGUCAUUAGGGCUGCUCAAUAUGCCUGCACGCUGCUGGGCUACACACUGCAGAAGGGUGGGGCAGCGGCUGAGCUGCAAAAAACCGUCAGUCAGCUGGAAGCACACAUGAGCCUAUCAAGAAAGCUGCUGCGCCUGGGAAACUCUGUGGAGGCGCUGGAGGCCGCCAAGAGGGCCAUACACCUUUCUGAUAGUGUGCUGAGGCUCUGCCUGACAAUCAGCCACCUCAACAGAGCCAUGUAUUUUGCCUGUGACAACGUCCUGUGGGCUGGAAAAAUUGGCCUCGUCUCCAAACUGGACCAGCACAAGUGGAGUCAGAGAUCUUUCAGGUACUACCUCUUUGCUCUGAUCCUCAACCUGACUCGAGAUGUCUAUGAGCUGCACCUCCUCAUUGAGUGUGAAGCACGUUACAGAGCUGCCAGAUCGCCACCCUCGCCCAGGCCCACCAUGCCCACUGACCACUUGUUGUCCCACUCCACUCCGGAUAUGUUGGCUUGGCUCCGCAGACAGCUCCACCUGCUGGUGACAGUGCUGCACAGCAAUCCCCCACUGCUGUUGGACCUGCUGAAGAACAGUUGUGAUAUCUUCAUCCCACUAGACCGGCUGGGGAUUUACGGUACAGGGCAAGGCUUUGUUGGGGCCUGUGGUCUGGCCUCCUCCGUCCUCUCCAUCCUUACCAUGGUCCACCCCUGGCUCAAGCUUAAGCCAUGAACUCAGAAACACAGGU